AAUCAUUUGAAAGUAAAAUAAGGUGGACUAACAUAAAUGGGUUGGUGAAGCUAUUAUAUAAUUCAUUCAGACGCUUCGUUUGUAAGUUAAAUUAGUAAAACAAUUUAGUAUAGAAAAUAACUUCUGAGAUUUCUGUUGUUUACUGAAAGUUCUUGUUUAGUCCGCAUAAGUAUUGCUCCUACUAUAUUAACAUAUAUACCUAACUAAAAAGAAUGCUUAAAUACCAGAAUGAUAUGUUCCCAAAAUGCUAACCAGCUUAAUGACGACGACGGACCGCAUGUUUUAGCUUUUUAAUUUUAGAUUUUCGUUCACUCAUCCUCCUUUCCUCUUUGGACUCGUAACGGAACCUAUUUUUUUUUUGCUUUUGUUUGUGAGGACGAAUCGGUACACUAGGCGGAGGAUCAGUUUGUGGAGUAUGAAUUCCAUCCGCCAGCUCCUCUUCAUUUUGGCUCUGUUCUCCGUCAUCUUCUUGAAUAAUAACAGAAACGUGCUUAUCAUCCUCUUCAUAUUCACGAGUACGAGGUUCAUCGUCGUUUUCUAUUACCACUUUAUCUUCAGUUUCAGCUGUAACAUUAUCUGAAUCUUCAUCCUCCGAGUUAGAAGUAUCUUCAGCUCCUAAUAAUUUUCUGGAAGCUUCAAUUCUCUCCUGAAGUUGUUGUUUUCUUUGUUGUCGUAUCUAUAAAAAGAAUCAAAGGUCAACAAACAUUCCUAAAGAAGUAUUUUGCUAUCAUAUUAUCUUACCAUCUUUCGCAUUUGACGCUUGUCUUCCCGUUGCUGUUUCUCCGCGACAGCUUGAGCAUGUUUUUGACGCUCUACUUUCCGCUUGUGAAACCCGGUUAAAAAUUCUCUAAUACACGUUAAUUGGCAUUCAAUGUCUAAAUUAGACGUAGUAACUUACUGUCUCUGUGCUUUGUCGAAAACUAUUUCUUCCUGCCGUUGCUUACGUCCGCGUUUCUUAUUGUAGACAUUAUCACCACGCGUCAAUAAUGUCGUGUUAUCCAUUCUCUAUUCUUUAUUAUUUCUCUCACGACACUAUAAAUUCACCUUCCACAAGUACCAAUGAAUGAAUUCCUUCUUUCUGUGAUAUGCUAACGGGAAAUAUUGAAAUAGAUCAAAAAUCUACCAGCACGCAUGACCUCUUAUAGUCUCUUUGUAUUUCAUUAUCUUUCUUACUGUAAUGUAUAAUUUUUUUUUAGGUAUAGUACCGUUACUUCUAAAACGUUUUACUACACUUUAACAUGAGAAAUAUACCCACUUUAUGGAUAUCGUUCAACCUCGUUGAUUACAAUCCACAACAGUAGGAAGGCCCUUUUGCACAGAACGAAACUUUUUGAGCCGAAUGUUUUGUUCAAUCAGUGGAGAAACGCCGAAAGAACCGGUUGUUUCACGGGUUAGCGGAAACAUAUACGAACGACGCUUAAUAGAACAAGCAAUUAAUGAAACUUCCAAGGACCCUGUCACUCAGCAGGAGUGUUCGCUUGAUGAUUUGGUUCCUGUAAAAGUACCUGAAUUUAUUAAGCCUCGUCCCCCUUCUACGACUUCACUGCCAGCCUUACUUUCUUUGUUUCAAGAAGAAUGGGAUGCUUUAGCAUUAGAGCAGUUCGAUUUACGAAAAAAACUGAGUGAAACGAAGCAAGAGCUUUCGACAUCUCUUUAUUCAUUAGACGCUGCUUUUCGAGUUAUAUCUCGGCUGACAAAGGAACGAGACGAGGCAAGGGAAGCAUUGGCUAAGUUUUCCGAUAAUAUCUCGUCUAUCUCUCAGCCCACAGCUGACCGAGCUGCAAAUCAUGAUAUAGAAAUGAAGGAUAACAAUGAAGACACCAAAACAACUCUUAACUCUACGGUAGAAAGAACUCUUACGCAACUUUCCUCAAAAAGAAAGCAAACAAAAUUACAGCCUACUUGGGCAACACCAGAGGUUCUUAAUCAACUUGUGCACAGCUCACCGGCUACAGUUUUUCCUUCUGCUGAAAAGGAUGUUAAUUCUGUUUUAAUUCCACGACCUGGAAGUGCAGGCGUUUCUCUUUGUUCGGUUGACAACCGGGUUUCUCUACUUGAUUGCCAUACCAACAAGCCCUUAAAGUCCUUUGAUUCAUCCGUAACGGCAUGCUGCUGGUUAGAUAUUUCUAAAUUUGCACUUAUAAACGCUGAUACGAAGAAGAUUGAAAUUUAUAAUGUUCCAGAAGAAGUUGAAUCAAUUUCUGGACCUUCAUUAUCGAUUCCUGUCGAAAAUGAAAACUUGAUGUUUUUGUCUUCUCAUCCAAGUGGAGAAUACGUCGUUGCAGCUACAGAUGCAGCAUGCAUUUUAUAUUCCAUGAAAGAAGCUGUCUAUUCUGUCAAUAUAUCAAAUACAAUAACUGCUCUUUCUUUUCACCCCGAUGGACAUAUCUUUGCUGUUGGUAAGAAAAACGGUGAAAUAGAAUUUUUUGAAACGGCUAGUGGUGUUUCCGCUGCUAGAUUCGGUCCUCAGGAUGGCUCCAUUCAGUCGCUUCAAUUCGGUGAGAAUGGAUACUGGUUAGCUGCUACUGCUACCAAUGAAAAGGGAACUUCCAUUUGGCAUUUGGGAAAAUCCAAGUUAGUUCAUGUGGUACCAACAGAUGCCAACACUUCUGCAGCUGUGUUAGACUUAACUUGUCAACUUUUGGCAUCUUCUGAUGAUAAGUAUUUGUACAUUCAUUCAUACGUUAAAGCCUCCAAAUCUUGGAAUCUGGUGAGCAAGGUCGAGGCUUCUUUAAUUUCAAAUUUAGCUUGGAUGGAAGAUCCACACAAACUCGUCUACUGUACAAAUCAAGGUUCUGUAUGUCUUUUGGAAAAUAUUAAUUAAUAAGGCCUCUAUAAUAAAUAUCACUUAGAGACUAGAAGUCAGCCAAAAUUUUUAUAAUGAAAACAAGGUUAUAGUAGUAA